UUUUCGUGCAUCAAGAUGACGAGAGUUUAUAAAGAAGAAUUUCGAAAUUCUCUGGUGGAAAUUGCUUCUCAUGUAGUCCACAUUGCCUCACCUCAUGACCGAGUGAGAAUAGUCGAAUGGUGCAGAAGACUUGCAGGAAUUUCUUCUGAUAAUAUAAACGACGCGAAGAAACGAAAUGAUUACAUUCAGCUACUGAAAAUAAUGGUCCGGGGGGGACAACUGCGUGGAAUAUUCCGACGAUCUUUACCUGGAGAGAAAAUUCCUCCACUCGGUGAAGCAAUUGGAAUUAAUCUUAUUGAGGAAGUAUCUAAGGAUUUGCCGAGGCCAGGACCGAUUGCUCCUGUUAUCUCCAAAAAAACUCUGGAUGGCACAGCUUAUAUAGCCAUUAAUAAAAUUCAUGAUAAAGGAUUACUCUGCUACAUGGCUGUUACACCUGAUGGUACAAUCGAUGAUUCAGAGGAUGAUGACAAUUCACCCAUUGCCGUAGCAAAAAAAUAAAUCAU